AUGGUGGGUUCUUUACCUCCACAAAUUGGAAAUCUAAAGGUUGUAACAAAGAUGGAUCUAUCAAUGAAUCAAUUCUCAAAUGGAAUUCCUAGAGAAAUUGGAGGAUUGCGAAGUUUGGUGUACCUUUCUUUGAGACACAACAAGUUGCAAGGAUCUAUACCUGACUCAGCGAGCAACAUGGUAGGUUUGGAAUUCCUAGACCUUUCUCAUAAUAACAUAUCAGGAACCAUUCCCAAGCCUUUGGAGAAACUUCAAAACCUGAAGUAUUUCAAUGUUUCUAUCAACAAAUUGUAUGGUGAAAUACCCUCAGGGGGUCCUUUCAAGAACCUCUCGAGUCUGUUUUUCAUCGACAAUGAAGCAUUGUGUGGUUCUUCAAGAUUUAGUGUCCCAUUAUGCCUAACAUCAUCAAAGCACAAAUCAAAUAGGAAAAAAUUGCUAGUUAUAUAUCUUUUUCUAGGACUUGCAAUUUUAUUUGUUCCUAUCAUAUUUGUGUUUGUAUGGAUAAGGUAUAGGAGAGGUAAAAGAGCUCCUCAACAAGCAGAUUCAUUGGAUACAAAGAAACGAGAAAGAAUUUCAUACUAUGAACUGCUCCAAGCAACGGAUGGUCUUAGUGAGAGUAAUUUGAUUGGUUCUGGAAGUUUUGGCUCUGUUUACAAAGGCAUACUCAAAAGUGGAACUGCCAUUGCAGUUAAAAGUGUUCAAUAUGCAGCUGGAUGCGGCAUUUAA